GUGUACCCAGCAAAAAAGACACAGAAUAAAUGCUGCUCUUGUUCUGGCCCGUCGCAGAAAUUUAUCAAACGCUCAUGAUAAUGCUUAACGAAGCCAUGACGACUGCCGCCGCCUGAACCAGCCAGGUCCGCAAAUAGACGAGCGUAUGCCUGUGGCGUUUGGCUAGAUGUCUUUUUGGCUGUGGCCGUGCAUAAGCGGACUAGCUAAUUAUCUUGGGUCUUCUACUUGGCCGUUCAUGUAGUUCAUUGUUCAUUCCGAUGAGUACGUUGUGUGCAUUCUCUGCGAGAAGACGCGAAUUAAUCAACGAGAAUUCAGUGCAAAGAGAUUCGACUCGCCAUGCAUGCCAAGAAGAAAACGCGAGCACGUAAUCGACCUAGAAACAAAUGCAAUCAAACAAAUGAACUCAAAUCGGAGCCCGGUGCUGCUGCUGCCAAUCCCGCCUUGGAGCCGAUCCAGUCGGAGCCUGCCAGAGCAGAGCCUGAUGCCAGUGUCAUUAACCUAAUACAAAGGCUUCUUCGCAAGAAACUGCUGGCCAAGGCGAACAACUCGGCGCCGUCAAAUCCAUCCAUUGUGCAGGCAAAGGCCCCUUCCCCACUGCGGAAACAUAGCCCAUUGGGCAGUAAAGACGAUGAAGUAAAUGAUCUUCUGAAGUGUAUUGGAAGCAACUUGCAAAAAGGUUCCACCGAGGCUGCCAGGGGAGCCCUUCUUAGCCAACUGGGCGAAAUGUUUAGCACGGCGCCCUUGACCGGUGCCGAGUCAUCCGAUGAGGAAGCCGAGUACGUGGAGUACAUAUAUAGGCCACGCCAAUACUUUAUGACAUCAUUGUGCAAUCAUUGCAAAUUGGAUCUAUGCGGGCGACAGGCGAUACCGUGCAAAGGCUGUGCAAUGGUCUACUACUGCACAGUCCUGCACAUGCGGGACGAUCAGGAGCACCGUCAGCUAUGCUGCGGCCUGCGUCAAGUGGUAGAGCGGCAGGGCCACGACAUUUUCCACAAGUGUGGAGACUUCAGUGCCGAGCAGUUCCGAUCGUACCGCAUCGUAUGCAUACGUCAAGUGGAGCAGGCGAUCAAUCGAUCCCUAACGCCCACGGAACAGGAAGUAUUGCUCUUUCCGUUCAUCUGUGGCCAUGCAAAGUGCCGUGAGCACAAGUUCAAAAAGCUGACAGCAUGUGCGCAGUGCGGCGAGGUUGCCUUCUGCAAGGGCAAGCAGGAUCAUCUGAGCGUCGGCCAUGCCGAAUGGUGCAGCGCCUACAAGUUGUUCAAAGCGUUUGUAAUGUUCCAGGCAAAGUUUGGACGCGUGGAGCCUCCUUUGCCCGACAAGGUGCUGCGGGAGAAGCCUAGCUCCUGCUCCAACACCAAGCAAAUAUUAAAAAAGCUAAAUUUCAAUGUGGUUGACGGGUGCGAAUUUGCGGCGUUGACACAAGUAUCUACUGGACCGCUGACAGCAUUUUUUGCUCUUAAGCUUUGCGGACUUCUGGAAGCCACGCAGCUUACAAUUCAUCUGAUCGGAGCUGAAAUGGAGUUCGAAGUGGACGUAUUUCAGAAAUGGGAAAUUUUCCUGCUGCACACUUUACCAGCACUUGAAACCUUGCAUAUCGUGUUCAUUGGACCUGAACUUAAUCCUAAUAAUAUAUCAUUCGAUCAACUAUCUACGAUUAGAUGCUGUCGUUUGUGUCGAAAAGCACAACGUACAGUACAAUACCAUUUUGAGAAUCGCCUUUAUCACGACUAUUACUUGGAGCCUAAUUUUCUAAAGCCGGAUUUAGUCUGCUUCUUCAAUUCGGGCUUGUAUCGCGCUACAGGCUACGCCUUGGAAGACACCUGGCCUGAGACUAUACGGGCGACCUUAAGUAUAAAAUGCCCUAUUGUUGUCACAUCGUAUACUAAGUACGAGGCGCCACUUGAUUUGAGCCAAUUUCUAAAUCAAUCUAACCGCCACUUAACUGUGGUACUUCCGCCUACUACUAAUCCCUUUCGUUCGGAGAAGCCAGAAAGGAAUUUUAUAUCGGACGAUGAUUCUCCUUUUAUGUUCAAAAACUAUCAAUGUUUCGUUGUUGAGUAGAUUCGUAUGUUACUCAUAUUGUUUAUCUAUCUGAAUAAAAGUAA